UCCCCACUUCCGACUGUCUGGGCCUUUUCCGCUUUUCUGGCUACGGUGUCUCUGCUCCCCGAGUGCUCCCGGUCCCCAGCCCCGGUUCUCGGCGGCCGUCUCCUGUCCCCGGCGGCUCGCCCCCGCCCGACUGUCUCCCAGCCUUGGAGCCGCUCUGCCGUGAGUCUUCGCGAGGCCGCUCGGGGUCAGGCCUGCCGCGCGCGCCGAGUCUGCGCAGAUCGGACCCAGCGUUCCUUGUAGCUGGGUUGAGGCCGAGGCCGCUGCCGCCGUCUAGGGAUGCCGCGGCCGGGGUCGGCGCAGCGCUGGGCGGCCGCCGCGGGCCGUUGGGGCUGCAAGCUGCUCGCGCUGCUGCUGCUGGUGCCCGGGCCGGGUGGCACCUCUGAGAUCACCUUCGAGCUUCCGGACAACGCCAAGCAGUGCUUCUACGAGGACAUCGCUCAGGGCACCAAGUGCACCCUCGAGUUCCAGGUGAUUACUGGUGGUCACUAUGAUGUAGAUUGUCGAUUAGAAGAUCCUGAUGGUAAAGUGUUAUACAAAGAAAUGAAGAAACAGUAUGAUAGUUUUACCUUCACAGCCUCCAAAAAUGGGACAUACAAAUUUUGCUUCAGCAAUGAGUUUUCUACUUUCACACAUAAAACCGUAUAUUUUGAUUUUCAAGUUGGAGAAGACCCACCUUUGUUUCCUAGUGAGAACCGAGUCAGUGCUCUUACCCAGAUGGAAUCUGCCUGUGUUUCAAUUCAUGAAGCUCUAAAGUCUGUCAUCGACUAUCAGACUCAUUUCCGUUUGAGAGAAGCUCAAGGGCGAAGCCGAGCGGAGGAUCUAAAUACAAGAGUGGCCUAUUGGUCAGUAGGCGAAGCUCUCAUUCUUCUGGUGGUUAGCAUAGGGCAGGUAUUUCUUUUAAAAAGCUUUUUCUCAGAUAAAAGAACCACCACAACUCGUGUUGGAUCAUAACUAUGUUUUGAGAAUUGAUACACCAUUGCCACUGUAAUAUUGCUGUCCUCUGAUUAAUUUUAGGUACCGAAGAACUUAAUAUUGGCAACAAUUUUGAAACCUUUGGCAUAGGCUUGUAGGAGGGAUGUACAGUGCAUAUCCCUAAACUAUGGAAAGGACACCUUUUUUUAUUUGUAAAGGCAGAAAAACUUCAGGACUUAUUUUGGGCUACUCAUGUUAAAUAUUCAACACCAAUGAUCUACUCUUUUCUUGGCUGUUUGUAUCUAUUCUUCACACACUAAACUUUGGUAUUUUGAUUCCUUUUAACCAUUUAAAAGUACUUUUCUUAUAGGUAGUCAAUAUUUUAAAAACCUUAGAUUUAACGUCUACAUGUGUUAUGGAGGAAGAAAAUUGCCUUUUGAUUGUUUAUAGUAAAUAAAAUUUUUGCUUUUAAGAAAACCAAAUGGGAUUAACUAUGGCCCAGCCCCUAUUCUGCAUAAUUUAAUUUUACAGAGAAAUAUGUACUACAGGAUUGUUAGUUAAUAUUGAUAUAAUUUGCAUUUGAUACAUUGUGGUAUAAUUUAUUUCUCGCUAGCUUGGAACAUGUCAAGAUUUUUGUUUUUUUGGGGGUUUAUUUUAUGAUUUGUAAUCAGCUAUAUUAUUUUUUCAAAAGGGCAUUCUUACUACACAGAAAAUAGUAUGUAAGCAUAAUAGAGUUUAUAGAGUUUAUACAGGCCUUAAAAAUCAGACUGUUAUAACAGACUAAUUAUAGAAUCAUUUAAGACACUCUAAUGGGGGCAAGUGAAAUGGACAAACUUUCAUUGAGUUAUGUGUGCUUGUUACAUUUUCUUAUUUUUUAUUUUUUAUUUUUUUUUGGCCGGAGCUGGGUUUGAACCCACCACCUCCGGCAUAUGGGACUGGCGUCCUACUCCUUGAGCCACAGGCGCCACCCUUAUUACAUUUUCAGUGCUUUUACAAAGAAAAAAGUUACCUGUUUAAUUGUAACAAUUUUAAUUGGCUGGUUCUUGCCCCAUCAUUCCCAGUGUAAGUUGACAGUUGUUGUCCUGGUAUCACAUUUUACCCUCGUGGACGUGGUGCACUGAGAGGUGAGCUUCUUCAUUUUGUUUCUUUCUUGCACAUUUUAUUUCUACAAUCUCUGGUUAGCAGCCCUAAAAUAAUUUAACAGUUCAGAAUGCUAUGUGCUUCCCAUUUGGUAAUCUUCAUUGAUUGUACUUUAAUGAGUAUUAAAUAGUGCAUAUCCUAUACUAUUAGUGUUUAGACUGUGUUUGUAUCUUGUACAGAUUGAGCUGAUUGAAAUAGGAUUUUGUUCUAACUAUUCUAAAGUAGAAUACAAGAAGUUGCAAAAUUGUAUAGAUGUUUAAAGUUUUUCUGGUUUUGUUUUUAAUCCAGCUGCUUUUCUACCAUGCCUCUCUUCCCUACCUAAAAGUGAUUACUGAACAAGACUGUCACAUUACAGAGACUGUGACAUGCGAUGCCACAGAGUGCUGUUGGAUGGCAUUUCUAGUCACUUCCUGUUGCUGACUAGAAGCUAACUCUUAACUUUAUGCUGUCUUAAAAUGCAUAUAUACACUACCUGCACAUAAGAGCAAAACAAAUUCACAUUGUCCUGCUUGCUGUAGUGAUUUCAGAUGCCGCAGUGUAGCAAGGGGUGAACGUGUUUUCAACCCUUCAAUUUUAAGAUUUUUGGAGAUCAAAUAGCUACAAUAUUUGUCACUGGAUUAAGAAGUAAAAGAUUUUGCAAAUUUGUCUAUUUGGGUUCUUGUAUUGGAGUUGUCCUACAGCUUUAUAAUUUAUAUUUGGAUUUGAAAGUUUUAAGCACUAGUGUUAAUGGGAUUGAUAAACAUAGACGUAUGUAAAAUGUCCUUUUCUGGUUGACCGUCUACGUUAUUGUGGUCAGGUAAUGUAUAAUUAAAUAGUUGGGUAUGGAUCUUGCUGUUUGGCAUAGAUAGUGCACUCAUUUAAUUUGGGCCCUCAAACUUCAUGAUAUUACCCCAUAUAAUUUGAGAAAAGUAUUGAUACAUUAAAUUUUUUUAAAUCACCGCAUUUACCUGUUAUAGAAAAUAGUGUUGGCUUAGUCUAGUAACUGUUUAAAUUUUGAUGAGUAAACACAACUGGAUAUGUAUAUAUAAAUUAGAAAAUACGUAUCUCUCCAAACAAAUGUUAAGUAACCUUUUCUUCUUCCUCCUACAUAAUUUGUAGCUCAUCAUUUUUCCUUAAUUCUUUCAUGCUUAUCGCAGCAGUUUGAAUUUCCCAAAUAUUUAUGUUUGGACAUAAUGGCUCAGAAUACAUAUUUGAACAUCAUAGUUGUAUAUAUUUUUACAGUAGAAUAAAUAAUGGAAAGAGACUUGAUAUACAAGUUUAUACUAAAAUUUCAACUGUGUGAAGAUACAUUUUAAGAUAUUACUUUGCUAAUAAUCUAAACAUUCUUUUUUCUAUUGAAGAAAUAAAUGGUUUGUGGUUCACAACUUUUCAUCCAGGCUUGAUGAUAAUCAAAUCUGAAAAUAUAGUAGACUGAAAAGCAGUUUUAUUCUUCGAAAGAUUUCAUUUGUACUCUGUACUGUCCAUUUUUGUUUCAGUUUGUAAAUGUGUAACAUUUAUAGUUCAAUAGGACAAAGCAGGCCCUAUGAGUAUUGUUUUCAAAAAUUAAAUUAAUAUAUAAAUAAUUCAAAUGGGUUUUUCAUUUACUUUUGAAAAGAAAAACGUUUCUCUAACAGGAUUGCACCAAUUUCUUGUAGAAUAAAAAAAUAAUCUUUCAACAAA